AUGGAGGGAAUAAAUGUAGCAAAAGUGAUGGAGGAGAACGACUCUUUAACACACGAACGUGGUGGUGGCCUAAUACAAUGUGCUGCAGCGUUCCUUGUGUCGGUAGCUGUCGUUUUAGGAGCUCCAGAUAACAGAGGAACUGAGUUUGUUAUUGGUUACAUGGAGAACAAUGGCGUCCGGAUAAAUGUGGAGCUUUUUGUCACCACCUCUCGCACCACCACAGUCAGUGUAACAGUGGACUCGCCGAAAUGUUCUAACCCUCGGAUUUCUAGUUCCUUCACAGUCACAGCAGGACAGGUCAAACAGCUGUUCUUCGAUCCCAACAUCCGGAUGUCUGGGUCUAGUAAGUCCAGUAAAGGCAUUCGGGUGAAGGCCACGGAUGAAGUGGUCAUUUACGGCGUCAACAAAGAAACGUAUUCAUGUGACGGCUUCGUAGGUUUGCCGAUAGAUGUCCUUUCUGACGAGUACUACAUUGUCACGUGGUACCCUCCCGUCUACCAGACUGAGUUGUUAAUUGUGGGGGUUGAAGACUCUACAUCCGUCAGUAUCACGGUCAGUCAGCAUAUCGGGAGUAAAUAUAUUUCUUAUGGUGGUAAAAACUAUUACAAAGGAAAUGUGGUGAAAGAAACCCUUCACAAAUACGACACGUGGCAAUUGACCUCCAAAGGCGACCUCACAGGAAGUUACGUCAAAUCUACCAAACCAGUGUCUGUCUUCUCCGGAAACAAGAAAACCAGAAUAGGAUCCGGUGGUUCGUCUGAUCACUUAGUAGAGCAGGCGUUUCCUGUAAAUACUUGGGGGAAAAACUUCGCUACAGUCCCCAUUCCAAAGCGAUCGGUUGGAGAUUACUUCAAAUUCAUUGCCAGCGAAGACAACACUAGAGUGACCAUUUCAGGAGGAUAUAGCUCCACCUUUACAAUCAGCAAGGCUGGGUAUAUGGCCGAGAAGCUGAUUUCAUCCUCGGCGUAUUGCAAGAUUGUGGCAGACAAACCAAUUAUGCUGGUCCAAUUCGUACAAUCCCAAAGGAGCUCGUCUGAGAAAUCUGACCCCGCCAUGAUGAUUAUUCCACCCUCCGAGCAAUAUGGUGCUGAUUACACGUUCAGUACACCUAAAUACUCUCUUGGAUCCUACAACAACUACUUCAUGUUCAUUGUAGAGGACUCCCAAAAGUCCGGGCUGCGAAUCGAUGGAAAUGCCUUUCCCAGCGGCACCAGGUACAACAAAAUCUCGGGAACAUCGUUAGUGGGCGGAUACAUUUCGGUGUCAGAGGGAACACAUACGGUUAGGCAUACAUCCCCCAUUGCCAUCUUCGGUGGUUUCUUGUAUGGACAAGCUAAUUACGAGACCUAUGGUUUUACCACUGGUAUGAGAAUGGCCAAAGUCAACUCAGUUUGCAUUCCUACGCCGACUGUCACUGGAGACGGUAUUGACAACGAUUGUGACGGGAAGAUUGACGAAGAGCUCUGUACUCCAGAAAACAAAAACAAAGAUGAUGACGGUGAUGGAAAAGUAAAUGAAGACUGUGCAAAGCCCCCGCCAGUUGAUGGUCAGUGGGCUAGUUGGUCCUCUUAUGGUGCAUGCUCAGUGACUUGUCAACCAACUUCCGGCAGUGUAUCUGGAACUAAAACUCGAACACGAAGCUGUUCGAAUCCGGCUCCGGCUUAUGACGGAAAACAAUGUGCUGGAUCCGGAAGUCAAACUGUGACUUGUACUCCAAGCAAUGCAUGUCGAGUUGAUGGGAAAUGGGGAUCCUGGGGAUCGUAUGGUGCAUGCUCUGUGACAUGUGGCAGUGGCUCAAAAUCACGCACAAGAUCUUGCAACAAUCCAGCGCCAACAGGCGGCGGAAGUAACUGUCCAGGAAGUUCUACGUCAUCAGCCACAUGCACUCUGUCUGCCUGUCCAAUUGACGGUAAUUGGGCUUCGUGGGGAUCGUAUGGCUCUUGUACCGUGUCAUGUGGUGGCGGAUCACAAACGAGAAGUCGAUCUUGCUCCAAUCCCUCUCCUCAACAUGGCGGAAGAUCUUGUUCCGGGUCUUCCUCUUCAUCACAAAGCUGUAACACACAUAAUUGUCCAAUUGACGGUAAAUGGGCGUCCUGGGGGUCAUACGGGAGCUGCACUGUGACCUGUGGCGGCGGUACCCAAUCACGAAGCAGGACAUGUACAAACCCCGCCCCCCGUUACCUAGGAAAGAAUUGCGUGGGGUCUUCCACCUCAUCACAGAGUUGUAACACUCAUAACUGCCCAAUUGACGGCAGCUGGGGCUCCUGGGGAGGGUGGGCAAGCUGUACAGAGACAUGUGGUGGCGGAAUCCAGUCCCGAUCCCGAUCCUGUAGUAACCCCACUCCACAAUAUGGCGGUGCUUAUUGUCAAGAUUUCUCCUCCAGCACCCAAGCAUGUAACACGCACAACUGUCCCAUUAACGGGGCCUGGGCGUCAUGGAACUCAUGGGGUACGUGUACUGUGACGUGUGGGGGAGGUCAACAAACACGUGCACGUAGCUGUACCAAUCCAGCUCCUCAAUACGGCGGCUUGAAUUGUCCCGGAUCUACGACGUCCAACCAGGCCUGUAACACACAAAACUGUCCUAUUGAUGGCGGAUUCUCUAAUUGGGGAUCAUGGGGAACCUGCACGGUGACUUGUGGGGGAGGGACACAGCAGCGCACGCGCAGUUGUACUAAUCCUUCUCCACGCUAUGGAGGUGCCCUGUGUUCGGGUGCGACGAGUCAGACUCAGAACUGUAACACCCAAGUCUGUAUCAUCGAUGGAAAAUGGUCGUCUUGGUCGUCGUAUAGCGCAUGUUCCGUAACAUGUCAGCCGACGUCAAGAACAGUGUCUGGAACUAAAACUCGAACUCGAACCUGUUCAAAUCCGGCCCCUGCUUAUGACGGAAAACAAUGUUCUGGAACUGGAAGUGAAACAGUUUCUUGUACUCCAACAAAUCCCUGCCGAGUUGAUGGGAAAUGGGGUUCUUGGGGUUCCUAUGGCUUUUGCUCUGUGACCUGUGGAAGUGGAACGAAAUCCCGCGUGAGAUCCUGCAACAAUCCAGCGCCAGCAGGUGGCGGAAGUAAUUGUCCAGGAAGCUCUACGUCAUCCGCCACGUGUACUCUGUCUGCCUGCCCUAUCGAUGGUAAUUGGGGUAACUGGGGAUCCUAUGGAAGCUGCACUAAGUCUUGUGGCGGAGGAACACAAUCAAGAAGUCGAUCCUGUUCAAGCCCCGCCCCCCAAUAUGGUGGAAAAUCUUGUUCUGGGUCCUCCUCUUCGUCACAGAGCUGUAACACGCAUAAUUGUCCUAUCCAUGGUAACUGGGCCUCCUGGGGUUCUUACGGAGCAUGUUCUCUCACAUGCGGUACAGGAAGACAAACAAAAAGCAGAACAUGUUCCAAUCCGGCACCCCAAUAUUCCGGAAAUGAUUGUGCCGGAUCAUCAACAGCUUCCCGUGAUUGUAACACACACAACUGUCCAAUCAAUGGUAAUUGGGGUAGCUGGGGAUCCUAUGGAAGCUGCACCAACACUUGUGGCGGAGGAACACAAACGAGAAGUCGAUCCUGCUCAAACCCCGUCCCCCAACAUGGCGGAAAAUCUUGUUCUGGGUCCUCCUCUUCGUCACAGAGCUGUAACACGCAUAAUUGUCCUAUUGACGGUAAAUGGGCGUCCUGGGGUUCCUAUGGAGCGUGUACACUCACGUGUGGAGGUGGAACACAGAGAAGAAGCAGAACAUGUUCCAAUCCGGCGCCACAAUAUCUGGGGAAAAAUUGUCCCGGGUCCACGGUCUCUUCAAGAAGCUGUAACACACAUUUCUGUCCUAUUGACGGUAAAUGGGCGUCCUGGGGUUCCUAUGGAGCGUGUACACUCACGUGUGGAGGUGGAACACAGAGAAGAAGCAGAACAUGUUCCAAUCCGGCGCCAAAAUAUCUGGGGAAAAAUUGUCCCGGGUCCACGGUCUCUUCAAGAAGCUGUAACACACAUUUCUGUCCUAUUGAUGGAGUCUGGACUGCCUGGGGAUCAUAUGGUUCCUGUACCGUGACCUGUGGGGGAGGGACUCAGGUCAGAAGUCGAUCAUGUACUAACCCCGCCCCUAAAUAUCUCGGAAAGGACUGUGCUGGUGACCCCACGUCUUCUCGGGGAUGUAAUACACAUCAUUGUCCAAUUGAUGGUUUCUGGGCUGGAUGGGGAUCCUGGGGUACCUGUACAGAGACAUGUGGCGGUGGAAUACAAUCCCGAUCCCGAUCCUGUAGUAAUCCCACUCCUCAAUAUGGUGGCGCUUAUUGUUCAGGGUUCUCUUCCGCUACACAAUUCUGUAACACUCAGAACUGUCCAAUCAACGGGGACUGGGAUACAUGGUCUAGGUGGGGUUCUUGCACAGUUACUUGCGGGGGAGGUACACAGACGCGCUCAAGAAGCUGUUCCAAACCUUCCCCUCAGUACGGUGGACUAGAUUGCUCAGGAUCAAAGACAUCGAGACAGAACUGCAACGCACAUAACUGUCCAAUUGAUGGCGGUUUUUCAAACUGGGGAUCCUGGGGAACCUGUACUGUGACGUGUGGCGGAGGAACCCAAACGCGCAGACGCAGCUGUACCAGUCCUACUCCACAAUAUGGCGGCGCUGAUUGCGCGGGAACUAAAUCUCAGACUCAGAACUGCAAUACACAAGUCUGUAUAAUUGACGGAGCAUGGAGUACCUGGGGAGCAUGGGGCACGUGCUCUGUAUCAUGUGGCGGUGGCAAAAGGUCACGAUCUCGAACCUGUUCUGAUCCCAAGCCAGCCAAUGGCGGGAAGUCGUGUUCUGGUUCGCUGAAGGAGUUAGGGGACUGUAACAGUCAAUUUUGUCCGACACCUGCUGCGGGAACUUAUAUACAGUUGUGUCCCAUUGGGUGGUUUACAUGUCAAUCUGGGGGAAUAACCUGUAUCGAUAAAUCAUUUGUCUGUGACUGUUCAUCAGACUGUGACGACGGAAGUGACGAAACAACUGGAUAUGCUGGCUGCUCUGGUAGUGUUAUUGCUAUGUGUGCUGAAAAUGGUACAGGGAAGUUGUUGAUAUCACCAGUCCUUGUUUUCUGUUUGGUAUUGAUGGCAAUGUAUCAGCUGUUGUAA